AUGGCGAAGCUAUCGCUCGAGGACUUUGACAAACACAUCGAGAAUCUCCGCGCACAACUCUUGUUUCUCAAUGAGACGCUCGAUGCGACGGAUCACAAUGCGCCCGACUGGCUCGCGACGGAUCUUAUAUCGCUGCGAAACAAAUCAGGAAGAUUGCAGGACGACAUGAAGAGAUUCAGAGAUCAGCUCGAAGACGAAGGCCUUGCGGAAAAGAAGAAGGUCAAGACAUCAAACAAGCGCCUCAGUAUCGAAGGCGCGAAGCGUCCCGCAGAAACACCGACUGCGCAACCUCCAACUCUCAAUUCUCAAGCUGUAUCUCCUCCCGUAGACCAAUCUCCAACACCACGCGCAAAGCGAACAAAGAUCGAAGACGCAUACGUUGUUCAACAUGUCGAUGUCACAGAGGAGGUGAACAGGCGCCUACAAGAGAACCGCUUACGGCGUUUGAUGCAAACUCCGAGCACUGCGCAGAAGCGAAAGUUCGAUUCAUACGAGGAGGAGCCCAGGUCAGAAGGACCGGCCGGCACAGACGACGAAGGCUCAAGAGGCGGAUAUAGUGCCAGUGAGCAUGAGAGAACCCCAACCAAGCGACUGAGAAGUAGUGGGACCUUUGAGGGACUAAGCAAGAGGAAAGAGGAUGGAGAUGUGAAGGGACAAGAUCAACGAUUCGAAGACAGAGUGGAUGUGAAGAGGCGGAAGUUCCAGCGAUAA